UGUAUGGCCAACCUGCCACAGCUCUGACACUGCAGGACGCACACGCACAAGUCUCCGGACUCAGUCCUCCUCCUCCUCCCUUCACCAUGCAUCCAGCAAGACUUAGGACAACCCGGCAGUGACGAGCGUUUCAAGAGUGGUGAGUGUUUCACCAGUUUUGCGAGAAGAUCGUUUGUGCUCAAAAGAAAGAAAGCGAAAUCGAGGAAAAAUUUGGCGUUUUUAUUCUUUCCAACCACUGGAAGCCCCCCCCCCCCAAAAAAAAACAGGCAGGGUUGAAGGUUUCUGGUGGAUUCUUUGCCCCUCUUAUUAUAAUUGCUGUUAUUAUUAUAUAAAGAGGAAUAUAGUCCAAGCCUUUCACCGUGGACAUGGAGUACACGUCAUCCCCGAAGCCGCAGCUGUCAUCCCGGGCAAAUGCUUUUUCCAUAGCGGCCCUGAUGUCGAGUGGGAAGCCCAGUAAGGACAAAGAGACGGAGGAGAGCACCAUCAAGCCUCUCGAGCAAUUUGUGGAGAAGUCCUCCUGCAACCAGCAGUCUCUGGCUGACCUGUCCUCCCUGGACGGGCACGGGGACUUCAGCGGGAGCGCGCCCGCCGUGUGCACGGAGCCCCUCAUCCCCACCACUCCCGGCGUCCCCAGCGAGGAGAUGGCAAAGAUCUCGUGCAGCCUGGAGACUAAAGAAUUGUGGGACAAAUUCCACGAGCUCGGCACCGAGAUGAUCAUCACAAAGUCUGGAAGGAGGAUGUUCCCCACUAUCCGGGUCUCUUUCUCCGGGGUGGACCAGGACUCAAAGUACAUUGUUCUGAUGGACAUCGUCCCGGUGGACAACAAGCGGUACCGGUAUGCCUACCACCGCUCCUCCUGGCUGGUGGCCGGCAAGGCCGACCCUCCUCUGCCCGCCAGGUUGUACGUCCACCCGGACUCGCCGUUCACCGGAGAGCAGCUCAUGAAACAAAUGGUGUCGUUCGAGAAAGUCAAGCUGACAAACAACGAACUGGAUCAACACGGACAUAUCAUUCUCAACUCCAUGCACAAGUACCAGCCAAGGGUCCAUAUCAUCAAGAAGAAAGACCACACCGCCUCGCUGCUCAACCUCAAGUCCGAGGAGUUUCGAACCUUCGUCUUUGUUGAGACCGUCUUCACCGCCGUCACGGCCUAUCAGAACCAGCUGAUAACCAAACUCAAGAUUGACAGCAACCCAUUUGCUAAAGGUUUCCGGGACUCGUCGCGGCUGACGGACAUGGAGAGGGAAAGUGUUGAGAAUCUGAUCCACAAGCACUCGUACGCCCGGUCGCCGAUCCGAACCUACACCGGUGACGAGGAGAACCUGGGCGAUGACGGACACUCCACACACACCAGAGGCUCUGCGUUUACUGCCUCAGACAACCUCUCUCUGAGCUCCUGGGUCACUACCACAUCAGGCUUCUCCGGCUUCCAGCACCCACAGUCCCUGUCGGCAAUGGGCACCGCUGCCGCCUCCCUGCCCCAUCCCAUCCAGGGCUCCCUGCCCCCCUACAGCCGGCUGGGCAUGCCACUGACACCCACUGCUCUGGCUGGUACCAUGCAGGGCAGCGGGCCAUCCUUCCCCUCCUUCCACAUGCCCCGCUACCACCACUACUUCCAGCAGGGGCCUUACGCUGCCAUCCAGGGACUGCGCCAUUCAUCCACGGUCAUGGCGCCCUUCGUAUGACUCCAUCCCGAGGAGGAAACAACCAAACCUCACACUAACAUUCACCCCGAGUCCAGUGUUACAAGUUACUUCCCCAUGCCGGCCCAACACUCAUCACCCAGUUUGUAUCUUUCCAUUGGUCUUUGUAAAUAGUUCACCUCAGAGGGCGAGGUCUUGGUGACACCACAAAGAAGAUGUGGCUUCCUGAAAUCAAAUCCAGAAAAAAAGACAGACUGAAAGAGAACAGGACCUUCAGAAACACCAGCAGGUUCCAGGGUUUCUACAAACUCUUUGCCGAAAUUGUACAAACUAAAAAAUUCCACAAAGGGAGCAUGUUUGAUCUUGGCCCUUGAAGAACAGUGGAUCCUCAAUUCAAACCAAUUUUAUCAAUCUUUAGAAGACCAUGUCUUCCUCAAAAGAUUCAACUGUCUCCCCUGGCUACAGGGUCUCUAACCAAGCUUUAUAGAUGGCAGGUUGCUGUGUGAUCCCUCAAAAGUGCAACCUAUAAUUGCUUUCUGGAGAGACUCUGACGCUACAGUCUGUUGGACAGCGAUGUUCAGUCUGGGUCUGUGAACACUUCAGUAUAUCAGAAAGGCGGAACGACCAUCUCUGCUUUUCUGUGUUUUCUAGAAAGCCCAUCCAUAUGUACAGUACAAAGUCACAACUCUGUUGAAAGUCCUGUCAAAAACAUAUGUUAUAAUGCAUCAUACGAAGAUGAAGAUGUUACAUUUAUUAAAAGGAAAAUUCUCACUGUAGAGUGCCAAAGCCCCCCCCCCCCCAAAAAAAAAACACACCAUAGGACGCAUGCUGACUUCAGGAGAUGAAAACACCGGGUAAAAUUGGGGAAAUAUGGGGUGAAUACGCUCACAUGCAACUGGGAUUAAGGAUUUUUUCUUUCGUUUAAAGGUCCAGUCAAAGAAGCAGUUAAAACAGCAAAAUUCUUCAUAAAAAUAAAUAAAUUUCAAUUGAAAGUUUAGAUUUCUUCAAAGGUGGGCAGCGUUUUUUUUUUCCUGAUUUUCAAUUUUGGUUUCUCUGACGAGUAAAUUUGCAUCAUUAACCAACAGCCAGGUUAAAAGACCAAAGACUAAAGUAAUGAAAUAAGAGCCUUGAAAAUUGAAGAAACUAUCUUAAACUUGAGCUAACUAGCGUUAUAGCACCAUAUCAUCACCUCACCUAAUGACAUUGCUAACUGAUUGUUAGCUAGCUUGUCAUGAGUUUUUUUCUCUUUUUCGAUCUUUCUUGAAUAAGAAAGUUAAAUUUUAAUUAAAAAAAAUAUUAAGGGGAAGUGAAAAGAAAAAAGCUCGUGGAGCUUUUGUGACUGACUUUUGCUAGUACGCUAGCUUGCUAGCAUGUUAGCCGUUAGCUCACCAGGUACAGUAGUUCAUCAGCUACAUCAACCCAAUCCUCUAACGCUACUGAUUUAAUGACGAUGUGAAGUGAUAAAUUUGUCUGUCACUCUCUGUGUGACUGGACCUUAAUUAAUUUGACUACCUAAUGUGUUGAGUUCACAAUAUUUUGAGUGUGUAAAUGUCAUGAAUGUAAAACUAAUCAUUCUCUUUCUUCUGAUCUUGAGGGAAACAAAUGGGCAGAAGUUUGAAACCACUUUUCAUCUCUAAACAUACAGAAACAUUUAAAGUGAAACAGCAGCGUGAGUUCAUACGUUUCCAUUGUAAAACAGCAUCUUAAGUAGAAACAUCACUUAUGACGCCAUCACUGUUUUACUGCUGCUGACUGUCAACUGCAGGCUUUUAGGAGUUUGGCCGUACGCAGAUGUUGCCGAGCUGAUUCAUGGUGGCGGCAGAGCGUGUCGACAGGGCAUCCACACCUGGAAAUAAUGGCCUCUGCAGUUUGGAUUAAAAGGAAGCUGGAAGCUGCAGGAGUCGACUCACACACUUAUUUAUUUGGAAAUGAAUGACUACAACAAGCAGCGCAGGUUAGAUUGUUCCGCUUGGAGCGACAUUGCUGCAAAAAAAUGUGGAGCAUUUUAUUAUGAAGUUAAGUUUUCAAUUCAGAAACUCUUAAACACACAACUUAUUUUAACAACUAAUUGUUGUCCGUUGAACCGAGUCCUAGAAACUAUGGAGCCAGCCAAGAUUAGCUUGGUGCCAAAACAAUUAUUAUUCCUGAUCAGGCUUAUUAAUGAUUUUGUCUACAAAAUGUCAGGAAUAGCCAUAAUAAUUUAACAGAUUUUAACAUGAUGAUGUAACAAUCCACUACGCAAAAAAGAAAGACGUACUAUCGCAUAUGACACAGUAGACAGCAAACGUUCACAUUUGAGAAGUUGGAAACACUUCUGGCAUUUUGGCUUGAACAUUUUUAACUUUUAAAAGAUCAUCAAAGUAGCAGUUGGUUUAUUUGCUGUGGACCAACUAAUCAAUUAAGUGACUUAACUGCAGUCACUAUUCAAGAUUCAAGAGUUGUUUCUAAUGUUUUAUUUAAUGAAACUGAGGGAAGAUGUUGAAAUAAUCCUGCCAAACUUUUUUUUCAUCUGUUGCAGAUGGAGAUUUUUUUUUUUUUGCUAUGAGUUGGUCAUGUUUUAUGCACAAAAUCUUAAGAAGCUCCUCUAAAACCAUGAAAGCACCAGUGUUGGGUUCAUUCAGAGGUGUGUGUAGUGAACAAAUAUGUUUUUUUUAGAAUUCAGAAUAUCACACCAAUGUAUAAAAACCGGUUACAUUAACACUGUAAAUAUGCUACUUUGACUUUUGCCGCAUUUUUAAAUCAUAGGAAGCCUGUUUCUGUGGAUUAUGGACAUUAAUUUUCUGUUCUGACCCCUUGCAUGUGCAAGCAGUUGAUUUUAUCUCAUCUGUUUAUUGAGGAAAGACAGGUUGUUGGACUUUUUUUUCCCCUUUGGAAUCAAAUCUUUUUCUGAUGUACAGCUUGAACUGAGAGUUUUCAUCUUUCUACGUGUACAACAAUUUCUUCUGUUCGAACCAUACCUACAUUCCCAACUUACCACUGAAAAUCAUCUUCCUUUUUUCUUCUUCAAUUUUUUUCUCCAAUGUCUUUUCUUUUGAAUGCCAUAAUCUUAAUAUGACACCGGGCAAGAUUGUGUUUUGAGGAUUUUUAAAGUGCAAUAUAUUUAUUUUGCUCUCUGGAAAUAAUGUUCAAUGUACUAUGCUGCAUAAAAAAGUCGUCAUUUGUAAACCUUGACAAAUAUAUAUAUCACCACUGAAACAAGUUGAGUGAUUUUUUUCUUUUCACUGCUAUGUAUGUUUAUCCCUCAGA